GCAGCCCCUUCGGCUCCGAGCGGACCCUGCGAAGGGCGGUGUCGUCUGGGCGGCGCUGCUGAGACCCCCACCCAGGACGGCGCCCCCUCCCCGGGCCUCUCCCCUCUCGCCCGCGGGUCCCCUCGUCCCCUAGGCCUCUGGAAUCUGAUACCGUGGGGGGUGAGGUGAGAGCAGGCCCGGGGAGGGAGGUUAAGCACUGAGGAGCUGCCGCCGCUGUCAAGAUGAUAGAGGUACUGACAACAACUGACUCUCAGAAACUGCUACACCAGCUGAACACUCUUUUGGAACAGGAAGCUCGAUGCCAGCCGAAGGUCUGUGGCUUGAGACUGAUCGAGUGUGCGCACGAUAAUGGCCUCAGAAUGACGGCACGGCUGAGGGACUUUGAAGUAAAAGAUCUUCUUAGUCUAACUCAGUUUUUUGGUUUUGACACGGAGACAUUUUCUCUAGCUGUGAAUUUACUGGACAGAUUCCUGUCUAAAAUGAAGGUACAGCCCAAGCACCUUGGAUGUGUUGGUCUGAGCUGCUUUUAUUUGGCUGUAAAAUCAACAGAAGAGGAAAGGAAUGUGCCAUUGGCAGCUGACUUGAUCCGAAUAAGUCAGUAUAGGUUCACGGUUUCAGAUUUGAUGAGAAUGGAAAAGAUUGUAUUGGAGAAAGUGUGUUGGAAAGUCAGAGCUACCACUGCCUUUCAGUUUCUGCAACUGUAUUACUCCCUCCUUCAGGAGAACUUGCCAUUUGAGAGGAGAAACAGCCUUAAUUUUGAACGACUAGAAGCUCAACUUAAGGCAUGUCACUGCAGGAUCAUAUUUUCUAAAGCAAAGCCUUCUGUACUGGCGUUAUCUAUCAUUGCACUGGAGAUUCAAGCACAGAAAUGUAUAGAGUUAACAGAAGGAGUAGAAUGUCUUCAGAAACAUUCCAAGAUAAGUGGCAGAGAUUUGACCUUCUGGCAAGAGCUUGUAUCCAAGUGUUUAACCGAGUAUUCAUCAAACAAGUGUUCCAAACCAAAUGUUCAGAAGUUGAAAUGGAUUGUUUCUGGGCGUACUGCACGGCAACUGAAGCAUAGCUACUACAGAAUAACUCACCUUCCAACAAUUCCUGAAAUGGUUCCUUAAUUGGUAAAUUUGGGUCACUGUUAGUCUCCAUGCAGGGGAAAGUAUCUAGUACUAUAACUUCCUUUUAUAAGAAUUAGGAUAUCAAUAUUUUCAAAGUAAACAAAAUGGAAUUGCAGAAGGGAAGUGAAUGCACUGAUCUAGUCAGCUAGUAUUUGAAGACAUUUGCUGUGUAUAGCACUCUACAGGGAGGUCGGAAUUAUCCAACCUCUGAUACAUAUGUAAGUCAUAUAAUCCCUCAGGCAAAAACAAACAAAACCAAAAACCCCCCAGCAGCUUCCACAACAACCCCAAGUUUUAAAAGUGGCAGUAAAAUCAUAUUUUCUUUUUGAUCAUAAUCUUACUCCAUUUAGACCCAUGGCUCAUUUAUACAUAUAUUAUCCAGAGUACAAUUAGACCAAACUUUUGGAUCCUAUGUGGACUAAUUUGAGUAUGUUAGCUUAUAAGCAAGAUCAAUAUGAUCUUAUUUAAAAAUUUCAACUGUAUUUAAAGAAAAACCAAGACAUGGCAAAUCAGUCUCCACCUUGGGUAUCUGGAAGCUGCAAGUGUCUCAACACUCCAGUUACUAAAAUUGAUGGAAUUCUAGAAAGCAGUUGUAUGCAUUAAAAAAGUAAACUUGGAGUCACUUCAUAUAUUCUUGACAUGUCUUAAUUAUGAUUUAUCUUUUUCCACUCAAAUCAAUAUUUAACACAUGUAUGAUUAUGAAUCUCAAAUAUGAGCAAUUCAUUUUUAGUAACAUUUCACAGAU